AUGCCAUACCACGGAAUGCGUGCUGCCGCCCUGUCGUGCUAUUCAGGCCCACAGUACUGUAGCAACGUGAACUCCGGAUCUGCUGUGUGUUGUUUCUCUCGCGCGCUCGGAAAGCGGCCACCUCCACGCCACGCUUUCCACGGGCUGCGGGCCACCGCCAUCUUGCAGAUCCCGACACGCCAAGCCCAUCGCGGCGUGAUGGAUGAACGGCCUGUCCGCGACGUUAGCGUACUGCCCAAAGGAAUUAUCCGUACCUUCAAGAAGUUGACGUCUAACGUUUUCAAGCUAGCUGCCGCUUACGGGGAUUAUCCCCGUUUGCCCUCUCGCUUAAUCAGGAUUAUCAGGGUGUACGACAGGACAGGCGCGGGCGGCGGUAGGGACAUGGCCGGCUUCUGUAUCCAAUGUCGUGCAUCAACCAGAAAUGGAAUGCUACGCGACCCAUACACGGCAUUUGCGCCCUACAAUGGAAGUGAUCGAGUGCGUAGGAUGCGUACCGGCGUGGCGUCACGGCGUUGGACACGACACGGCAGUGACGGCACAGACAUCUGGCAAAUGACGAUCAGCCGAACUCCUGCCAUCCUACCCCCGAUGCUGCCACAUCGAUUAAUACCGAAAUAUCAGCAGGCACAAACACAUUCAGAAUAA